UUAAGCCAAGGAGUGUAAAGUUUAAUGUAAGAGUAUUGUUGCAAUUCACACAAUGACGAGACUGAUUUCCCUUGGCAUACUAUUUUGUUUUGUAACAUGCUGUUAUGGUACAAAGUGUUUUGAGUGCCAGCAUGUACCAUACCCACGUGACUGUUCGAAGCUGACAGUUUGCAAUCCUGAUGAGGUUUGUUUCACGGAACAAGUUGUAACAUCAAGCCGAAAUGUAGCUUUCAUUUCCGGCUGUCUACCAAAAUCACAAUGUCCUUCCGUUUCGAUAUCUCUCAUUGGUAAAAGGUCAGCGAACAUUGUGAAUAAACGCUCAACAGAUAUCUUAACGUGUAGAGAAUGCUGUGCCGGUGAUUUCUGCAACAUGAAGGGAUGCGGAACACACGAAAUUCCCAUUGAUCAACGCGGUCCUUACUGUUACACGUGUGAUGUGAAAAACCCCAAAGAUUGUACCAAUGUUACUGUCUGUGGCAAAAAUGAACUGUGCAUGUUAUACCAUCCCCUUGGAUUGGGUGGCCGCCCUAGCACUUUGUACAGAGGUCAAUGUGAAACACGUGCGGCAUGUAAUGCAUUAACACAAGCAUUCAGCAAUCAAAAUUGUAACCCGAUAUGCUGCAAUACAGAUUUCUGUAACGAUCGUUGUGGAACUCCCUCAAACAUCACCAUGACAACAUCACAUCCACACACCUCUGAUGCAAAGACCAUUAUAACAGAAAACAAACAGACAGCUACAACGAAGCCAAACUUGCAUACCGUUACUACAGCUAUGACAACUCUAUCGUCUACGAAUUCGUACUGCAACAAAAGAAAUUACGUGUAUUUACAAAAUGCGCAUGCGCAGCUUUGUAUCCAUGUUGCAAGUCAUCAUAGGCCAGUAUCCUGGGAUGACGCUCGAGCAUCGUGCAAAGCAGAGGGAGAAGAUCUUGCUGUUUUAGAUACUCACGAAAAGACUUUAUUACUACGAGACUGGCUACGAAGUCAUUAUCAACAUAAUCACACUUUCUACUGGAUAGGGGCCAAAGACUUCAAAAAUAAUAACCAUUUCUCCUGGACAAACGGCCAAACAGUACUGAAGACAGAAGCUGAUUGGAAUAGGGGCGAGCCAGAUCAUGUAAUGCACAACAAGGAUCAAGACUGCGUCAGCAUAAACAAUAAACAUAAUACCCACACAACUUUUAAGUGGUAUGACUUGGAUUGCAAUGAACGAGGGCAUUUUAUUUGUGAACGGACACAAACAUAGAUUUCAGGACUGUUUUUUUUCUACGUUCGAAAGGCCUGAUGUUAAGAUUUUUCUUCCAGAUUAAUCAAAGACUACUUACGAUCUAUCAUUUGAUUCAAGGAAAUCGAAGUCCUUGCUUGUGUGAAUAAUCAAUUUAAAGACAUCAAAGAUUAUAAAUUAAUGAGAUUUCCUUUUAUGAAACCAACUGUAAAGAUUCAGUCAUUUUUGAUAUAUUAACAUACACAUUGGAAUGUGUAAAUAUUAUCCAGGUAUUUACAAUUUUAAGCAACAUGAUAUUCGGGCAGAUAAUUACGAGGUCCCAAAAACUAAGUAUUGAUAUUCCUAUGUAAAACUACGUUAAUAUAUCCUUUAGAAAACACUAACAUAUAAUAAAUGAAUGUGCCUUCUUCCCAUAUCUUUUCUUUAGAUAUAUUUUUAAACAUGACAAUUUAAAUUCAAAUCAAAAGCUAAAGGUUAAGGUCAUUCGUCACCGUUUUUCUUGAAGGCUGUAGCAGUUGUAAGGUAUAAAAUCAAAUUGUUGGUUAAUCAGAUCUGAGAUACGUCAUUGACUGGUUUGAAACUUUAGGUGUGGAAGUGUACACAUAUUCUAAAACAGCGAACAUGGAGUCAUACCAGAUGUUUCUAAUAUUUCUUGGUACCUUUUAACUAUUGUUUUACAAUUGAAAGGGAGAUAACCCAAUCUACAAACAUCGAACUCGAAGGGAACGGCAAAAUUUGCUCGAGUUAUCAGUAGUUCGAACCAUUGAACAAUAUACGUUUUACAGGAAUUUUGCCUGGACCCGAUGAUGGAGUUUGAGUGAUGGGCGGUGCUCAAUUAUCAGAGUUCAAGAGAACGAAAUUUAAUUGCAUUAGCAAACAAUUCAAUUCCACAAGUGCAGCAGGACAGCAACGCUCGACUAUUUAAUAGCCUUGUCGCUAAAGAAAGUUAAAUGGAUGAAUACAAGUCGAAAAAGGGGCGUAUUUUUGUAUUCAU